AAGAAGAAGAAGAAGAAGCAGAAGAAGAAGAAGUAGAAGAAGAAGGUGGCGGUGUGUACGUCACACGUAGAGCUCGUGAUGGCGGUUGAUUUGACUCCGCGUUUUAGAAGGUUGAACAGCCAAACGAAGAGUUUUCGUGAAAAUAUACAGCAUGGUUUCUCUGGGCCUUUUGGUGCCACCCAGCUGUGGCACAACAUCAUCCAGGCCCUGCAAACCCAGGUGGAGGUGCGUCGCUGUAGAAGGCAUCUACGCGUUCAUGCCGAAUGUUUCACAGGCUCUGACGCUGUGGAUGCUGUCCUCAGUUAUUUGAUGCAGAAUGUGGUGUUUUGCACAAGUGAAGUGUCUCGCCUCAAAGCUGCUCGACUCUGCCAGGCUCUGAUGGAGGCCAAGGUGUUCGAACCAGUGGGUACGAAGCUGUUUUGCAGAGACAAAGAAGUUGCCUUUGAGGACAGCAGCUGCAGCCUUUACCGUUUCCUGGAAUAUAAAGUGUUAGCCAAUUCUGCCUUGAAGGGGUCCGAUUGCCAUAGUGACACAGAAAACAUGCCACCAGAGGAACAGGGGCUAAAGAGGAAGAAGAGCUCCAGGAGGCUGAAUGAACUGAGGACAAUCUCUAAUCCUCUUGCUGUUGGACCAUCAGACAGGAGAGUUGAAAGGCUGUUAAGAACCAUCAACCUGCGACCAACCUUCUCUCCAGCUUUAAACGCUACCCCCAUUACUUCUGCCAUUUUGUCCAAAACUGUGGUUGCUGAGGUUUGGAAGCAGCAGACACUCCUGCUGCUGCUGCAGAUAGUAGAGCUGCCAAUGCUGGACUGUAUCCUGACUUCACCUGCCAGGGUUCAGCUCCGUGCCUGCAGAGCUCCUCUGGCCACCCAGGACCUGGUUAUCUCUAACACAUGUCUGGAGAGAGAGCUGCCCAACCCCCUAAAUCUACUCCAGUUGGAUGGGUGGCUGUUGGCAGCGGCAGACUGCUUGGAGCUCUUUCCCGACCAGCUGAUUGUGGUUGCAGGGGAACAGCUCAGCCAACAAGUUGGAAAUGCCUUUACUGAAGAUGAGCAGGCAGAGCAGAUGGCAAGCCAAAAGAAACUGCUCUUUGACACCAUUGCCAAGUACUACAGUGGACAGGAAAAAGCUCCGCUGCUCUCAGGACGCCACCUUGACAUACAUGCUGCCAUUCUGAAUUUGCUGGAUGAAGGCAAGUUGCAGGAUGCCAUCAAAGCAUCUCAGUUGUGUUUUCGACUGCUGGAGACAAGUGUGAGAGAUGAACUCAGGAGACUACUGGCAUUCAUGGCCACAGCAGCUCUCCCAGAUGCUUGCCGUCUUCAAAAACAGAUUGAUAACAGGGCCUUGGUCAGCCGCACUUUUCAAAGAGCAAUUGUCCAGAAUCAUGAACUGACUCGAUCCCAAAGUGAAACCCUGGUGUUGUUUCUCAUGGACAAAUGCACUGAGCUCUUCAAGACUCCUAUGUCCCUUAUUGAAGCUGUGAGGAGAACACUGAAGACUAUGCAGCAGGGAAAAGACCCUGACUCAAUUGCCACGUUCACCUUCUGCCAACAGGUGACGCCACAGGAGUAUGAAGAUCAGCGAGAGGCUACCACCCUGGAGAGCCUCAAACAGCUUCUCCAUGACAUUUCCUCCAGCAAAACCAUACCUGCCAAGGAGAGGAGGAGGCUGCUCAAAGAGUUUGAAAAGCAUCACCCCGUGGUCUUCCUCCAGCAUUUAUCCAGCACCUUCUGAAAAGUACCACUCAAGGUUUAUUGUACCACUGAAAAGAUAGUUUUCAGUGGUACAGCGCUUACACUGAAGAAUGACAAUUUAAUGCACAUCAUGGGUCAAAUUCAAGUAUAGACACCUAUAGCAUGACUUAACAUUUCUUUAAGUCACAAAGUUUUAUUUGUAUAGUAGAUAUAUCAUUAAGUCGGUCUUAUUACAGCCCUGUAGCACUGUAUGCAUUGUCUAUAUGAUCGACCUUUCAUUUGGAAGAAGCCUUUUGAACUCUGUCCAAGUCCUAGGUUUGAAUGGUUUCGCGCUAGUUUAUUAACAAUGACAUAGCAAUUUGUAAUCAUUUUACAUUAAUGACACUGAUUUGAUGUUAAAGAGAUGAAUAAUGUUUAGAAAGGGCAUUAGCUUUUGUGCACUAGACUGUCCUAGCAUUGCUGUGGAAUACAGUAUAUCCAAAGUAAAAGGGAUUACUGAAAGAACUACUUGAGUUUAAUCAGCCAUUUAGCCAGCUGUUUUGAUUCUGCUAUUGUGCACUAAUUGAUGUAUUUCUUGGUCCAGGUAUUGAUACUGUAUUUGGAUAAACGUAUGCGUUAUCAUUACGAUUUAUUUAAGUUAGGCUGAUUUAAGCUUUGGUAAUGGAAGUACGGUUUGCAGAAGUAAUGCUGUGCAUGUUGAUCAGGCAUUCAUAUCUCUACAUGACAAAUGAAGAACAACAUUAUGGCGGCCUUUUUGUUUUCAGUUUUACUGAAGCAUAUUGUAGUACUGUAGUAAGGAGAAAUACUGGUAAACGCAACACUAAUGUAGCUGAAUAACGGUUAAUUCUAACUUUAUUCUGUUAGAGAUGAAGGCAUAUUUUUCUCAGAUGAUUUGUAAAAUUUAGACUAAUAUGAAAUGAAAGCUAUAAGGGUACAAUAAUGUUCAAUAAUUCAACCAUUGCUCAGGUUAAUAUUAUUUUUAAUUUUUAGGGGCUUUAAGCUUGUUUUUAGUGCCAUAUCUAUGUCAAAUGUCUUAAUCGUAACUUUUUAGGAUUUUACUUGAAAAAUGGACAUGAUUAAUUUUACGAAAGAUGUGAUAAAUAAUAACUUAAUAUUGUUUUAGGCUACGAAAUUAAUCUUUGGUUAAGCGUGACGCCUCAGUUGGAUUGUAUUUUGUUUUGGUUUGUGAAGCCAUGACCAUGAAAUAGUAAUUUACAGUCAAAUCUCAUUUAAGUCAGCAUCUUUUGUUCUUUAAAUACACUGAAAUCAUGUUUUAUUGCACUUUAUGUUGCUGAAAUGUCUAAUAAAGGUUUCAUUGAUGUUCUCUC